UGACUGACUGACUGACUGACUAACUGACUGACUGACUGACUGACUGCGCACAGCAGAGCGUGAGGCUGUUCACUUACUGCUUCACUGCCCCGUGCUAGCUGACACACUCGCUGACUGCCGCUCACUCUGACACAUACAGACACACUCUCACUGCCUCUCUUUCUCUCUGUCGCAAACACACACCGUCUCUCCCUCCCAUACUCACUCACUUGCUCACUCCCUCUCUUUCUCUCAGUAUCACACACUCAUACACACACACACACACACACACACACAAACACACUCACAGAGUCAGUCACCAACCCUUAUUCAACUCCGUCUCAGCCACGGGUCAGCAGCUCAGACAGGCACCUUGUUUCUAUUCAGCUGGAAAGAGUAGAGCAUCGCAAGGUGCACACACACACAUACAUUCUUCAACUCACAAAAACACACAUAUCCCCACACAUACACUCACUCACACACACACACACACACACACACACUCACACACACACAUGCACAUCCUCAUACAUCCCAGGACUUUAUCUGUGGUACGGGAAAGAAGACCUCAGUCCAAGGAGGAGGAGAAACAGGGAAACAAGGAGCGACACUAAAGAGGAACUUUCAAAGGUGGAUUCAUAAAAUUACAGCACUUGGACAAAUAGAAUCAAAAACAAGACUGAAGAUGACAACUGGAGAAACUCUGACAAGCUUGUUGCUGUAGGAAGGCCUGCUGUCAGCCCAAAGUGGAGACUGGUCAUCUGUGACAUCCAGGAUUUGCUGUGAGUGCCAUUUCCCUCCCUUCUCACUUCAGGACCCCCACCCUCUUGUCAUCCCUCCACUGGGACAUCUCCCAAUCAUCAGCAUGCCUACAGCUUGCACAAGGUGCACCUUGGGAGUCUGACCCACCAUGUGCAGAUGGACGCCAACCGUAGCUCAUCUCUGUCCUGAACCUGCCCUUGGUACCACCACUACUGCAGCCUCUGCUGGGCGACCUCUCCCCCUGCCCAGUGCAGCCUCCCUUUGCCUGGCAUGCUUCACCCUGCUCCUGGUCACCGCUGGCACGGCCACAGGGGCCUGUCCUCCUGGGGUAGGGCAUGAACCCCUUCAGGUGCUGGCGAGUGGCAUCAACUGUUCAUGGACGUUGGAAAGGCACACUCGCAGUUACAAUCACCUAGAGGGCGACGUCCGACUACGGCGACUUUAUUCUGCCAACAAGUUCUUCCUCUGCAUUGACAAAACAGGCAAGGUGGAUGGUACUCGGCGGAAAAACUACGCAGACAGCCUGAUGGAAAUCCGAUCUGUCAGUGUGGGAGUUGUUGCCAUCAAAUCUGUCAGCACCGGGCUGUACUUAGCUAUGUCCAAGAAAGGCACGCUCUUUGGAUCGGUGAAGUACAACCCGAGCUGCAAGUUCAAGGAGCGCAUUGAGGAGAACGGCUACAACACAUAUGCCUCACUCCGCUGGAAGCACGGCGGCAGGCAGAUGUUUGUUUCGCUGAACGGCCGGGGGAAGCCACGGCGAGGUCACAAGGCUCGUCGAAGGCACCCUUCUACUCAUUUCCUGCCCAUGCUCCCCUCCUAGCCACCCAAGUUUGAACUCUGACCGGCAACUGGCUGGCUCACCUGCCUCCUCACACCAGGAUGCCGGGAUGGCGAUCUUUGUUUUUAUUAUUCCAUCCUCCUGUCACAUAAAUGAACUUUUGUUGAGGUUUGUAACAUUUGUAGAGUUAGUAUAAUAUGUACUUUUAAGUUAUUUUCUCUAUUUUCUAAUGAUGUUCAGUAAUACAGUCCAAUACGGUAGAAUUCUACUAUCUUCAGGCAUCUGUCUGGCUACAGUAUCUGUCUGUGUGUCUGAACUGCAUGUAAAGAGGUAUUUGGGUGACUUUAAGAUACUGUAGAGGAUUUAAAAAGGGACAGCAAGACUUGGAAGCAACAAAAUGUGGCUCACUGGUUUGUUAUUUAGCCUAUUUCAGAUACUUAGCUAAAUAGGAAUGGAAGCAUCUGGCACACACAAAAAAAAAUAUUUAUUCCAUCUGUGAUAAAUGACAAGAUUAAAACAAAAAAGUAGCAUCUUUGAAAUAGCUACAAAUCAGGGCUGUAGCUACCACUGAUGACAGAGAUAAUGUCCUCAGUAUUUUUGGGAGGCUUUUUGGAGGAGGGGAUGUCACACUCUACAAUUUAAAACUUACAUUAUUUAGACUUGUUAUAAAAUAUUUAGCCUUACAAAAAAGCCAAUGUGAAUUCAUCAUACCGUCCACCAGUGAUUUCUGUGUAACUCACAUGUAAAAUGUAUGAUAACUAAACUUCAAAAUAACUUCAUCAUAACUAAAAUAUACAUUUAAUAUUACAUGUGCAACACUGUUUCAAAAAUGAUAAAUUCACAUACCAUCAAAUGGUUUAUCACAUGUAAAACAGCAUUUCACUGAAUUCACAUAAUGUGGCUUUUGGACAAUGUAGACAACUUAGAAAUUCACGUUUGAUAGGUGUUGUUUUUUGUAAGGCUAAAUCUGGCUACUUUUAGGCCAACAACAAUAAAUAAACAAAUACAAAAAAAUUAAACUGUACUGACACAUACUGGAUAAGAGACACUGAUCUACACCCCAACUGUACAGAUGAGAUAAAAAUCUCUACACACAUUAAUAAAUGUACUAUUCUGUCUGUAUAUGUCUACAUAUGACAAAAUCACAACAGAAACUAAGCUAACUACUGGGAUGACAUGCUGGAUUUUCUGAAAUGACCUUUGUAUGUUUGUGCAUGCUUCUGUCACACUGCUUCUCCCAUUCAACAACCCACAGCUAAUAGAUUAGAAAUCAGUAUCAUCUAGUCUCUGAUUAUUGUUCCUUAGUUGAGUCGUGAAAUAAUAAUAUACAUUUUGAGUCAUUUAAUACAUUAUAGCAACCAUAGGUACACCAGAUGUCACUAGCAGAAACUUCAUUCAUUUCGUACACAGUAGUAAAUUGUUAUUUCAGACUGCCUCUAUGUCAAGUCUUGCAAACAUUUUCUUGACAACAAGGCUGUUGCUAAUAGAACAUCUAAUAUAUUUAAAACAUUUUGUACUCUUUAACUGUUUGAAGUCGAUGUUUAUUGUUAUUGUCGACCUUUUGUGUGGGAAAUGUAGUCAUAAUGUUAAAAAAGAAGGGGAAAAAGUAACCGCAUUCAAGUCCAUAUUCAGCUCAUUUUGUAUGGUAUUACUACUGGAUAUUGGUACAUUUGUGAUCAACAGCUUUCAGCUAGCCAUCGGCCAGUAAUAGUAGGUUGUAGUCUCAGAACAAACAUCUCUAAUGUCUUUAGAUUAAUUUCAGCAAAAGUAAAAUCAGUUGAGUGCCUUGGCCCAUGCUGAGUUUGGUAAAGUUCAAUAAAAAAUGUGGAUACAUCA